UGGACCCUUCCCCAAGGGGCCGGUUUCCCCCGGGGGUCUCUCUGGACCAGGAGCUGGAGCUGCCAUGGCAGGACCCCCAGCCUUCUGCAUCGGGGACCAACUGAUCCUGGAGGAGGUCUACGACGAGACUUACAUCCCCAAUGAUCGAGAGAUCCUCCAGUACGCUGUGGAGAUCGGCAUAGACCCCCAGAAUGAGCCGGAACUGAUGUGGCUGGCCCGGGAAGGCAUUGUGGCGUCACUCCCCGCCGCGUGGAAGCCCUGCCAGGACAUCACAGGAGACAUUUACUAUUUCAACUUCACCAACGGGGAGUCGACUUGGGACCAUCCCUGCGAUGAGUACUACCACAGCCUGGUGGUCCAGGAGCGGGGGAAGCUUCUGGACCUUGGCACCCCCAAAAAGAAAGACAGGAAGAAGAAGAAGGAGAAGCGAGAUAAAGGCAAGGAGCCCCCGCGAACCCUCUUGGAGAUGAAGAACAGCUGGUGCUCUUCCUCCGUCCCCCGCGGUCUGCCCAGUUCCACUGCUGACCUAGAGCUGCCACUGGGCAGUGGGGUGAGGGAGUGGGAGCCGGACAACGUCUCCUCCCUGCUGUGGCCGCCGCCCCAGGAACCCCCCCUCCGCACCCGCCGCACUCUGGACGACGUGGAAGCUCUCCUGGGGAGAGCGACAGCCCUCAGCAGCCCAGACCCAGUUAGCCCACAGCAGGACUCUCCCCUGGGUUUUUUGGACCACGGAGAGGAAGGGGCAGGGAGCAGAACCCGGCUGCCUGGGUCCCAAGCAUCUGAAGAUCUCCGUACCCCGGGUAGCACGAGAGUCCAGCUGACCCAGGGGGCCUCGACGGGAGCAACGGCAGAAGACCAACGGGUGUCAUCCGGUGAGCCAGUGCUCCCCAAAGGCCAGAAACCGGAAGGAGAGGAAGCCGUCCAGCCUGGCCCUGGCUCCGUGCCCAGCUCCGGACCUGGCCCCAGUCCCUGCUCCGGUCCUUUACCUGGUCCCGGCCCUGGCAGGGAGUUCAUCGGCCCCUGUGGGGACAGGGACCCGGGACCAGUCCCCGCGGGCACCGACCAUGGCACGGGCCGGCAGUCCUCCACAGGCAGCCCUGCCCGAGAACUGAGCCCACCAGGAGUCCCUGCCCCCGACCGGGGCCUGGAAUCCAAGUGGCCACAGGGCAAGGAGGAGCCCCCGGGGCGACCAGCUGAGCCGGCUGAAGGAAGCGCCGCUGUCACCGAUCCUGGAGUCAUUGCCGCCCGAGGUGCCCCCGCCCUACAGGAUACCCUCCCUGCCGCCCUCAUCCCAGGACCUGACCCGGCAUCUUCUCCUGGGCAUGGAGACCAGUCAGGCGAGAAGUGGCCCCUGAAGGCCCAGGAGGUUCCUGGUCCAAGGAGUGAGUCCCAGCUGGGCCACAGGAAGGGAGAGCCAGCUCGUCGGGGGGCCGGCCCGACUGGGCACACACCGCCUGCCGCCCCUUCCUGGCGGCUGGCACCACUGCUGGCAGUGGGGGCGGAUGCCGCCCCAUUGGAGAGUCUCGGUUCUCUAGCCUGCACCCGGACCCGAGAGCCCCGGGGGCCCCCCGGCAGCACCCCACAGAGGAAGGGGAGCUCCUGGGCGCCUGAGGCGGAGGGCAGCCAGAGCCUGAUCUCCCCACUGGAGCUACCGGCCCCGGGCGAGGCCAUCCGCUUCUCCUCAAGGGACCUCCAGAGCCCGGGGGUGGAGGACUGGCCCUCUGAGCUGCCCUCUCCUCGCCCCCGCCUGCUCCCGCAGCCCCGGUCCCCAACCAGCUGGGCUGAUGAGGGGUCUGAGAGCGAAGGCUACUCUGAAGACCAACGCUUCUACCGGCACAUCCUGCGGAUGGUCAAGAUCUCCAGGCAGCCAGAGGGCAGAGCCCUCAGGCAGAGCCCGGGGGCGGCCAGUGGAGAUGCCCUGGCAUCCGCUUCCAGCGUGGGACAGCAGCCAGAGGGUGCUGAGUCGAAAGUGGGGCCGGCAGCCCGGAGGCCCGAGGCCGGAAGGUGCCCGGCUUCGGCAUUGUCAUCCGGGGAAACCACGCUCCCGUUGAGUCGGAGUCGCAGGUCACUCUGGCAGGAAGAAACAGAGGUGGCCCCAGGCCGAGGGCUGGCUGCAGAGUCGGGCGGGAGGCGGUGCUCUGAGCAGGCUGCAGGCCCCUCAUUAGCUCCUCUGUAUUCGCCCCCCGGGAUCCGAGCUCCGGUUCGUGAGUACAGCAAGGCCCCUGCCACCCUCUGUGGAUCUCAGAGUGGCCCCACGAGAGGCCGGGCCAAGCCCCGGCUGCGCAGAGAAGCCGUGCUGCAGCCGCAGGAACCGCAACCUGUCGGGCCAGGCCGGGAUCUCCUGGCAGCCCUGCAUGCGGGUAAGAGGCCCCUCAGCUCGCUUGGGUUUGACAAGACCCCCGAGGACGAGGAUGAGGAGAGCGAUAGCCAGACUCCCCCGGGCGCCUGGGGUCUCCUCAAGAACCUGCACCUGGACCUGGAAGCUCUGGGCGGUGGCUUUGAGUACCAGGAGACUCCACAAACCAGCCAGCGAGAGGAGGGGAAAGACAUAUCUCUCAAUUCCGACUCUGGGGACCCCCCGGCUGCGGACCUGCUACUGAGCCAUGGCAUGGACGGCAGUCUGGGCAGCGUGGCUGGUGAUGGGCCAUGGGAGAAGCCAACCAGUCUACGGCUCCAGGGGAAGGACGGCGGAGAGGAGCCCAGGCCUGCGGCCACCGGUCAACAGGCAGAAGGGGCGGAGUCCGGGCCAGGCAAGGCGUCCGACCAGCCAGUGGAAACGUCCAGCCUGAAGAAGGACCGCAAAGGGGACAACAGCGAGGUUUCUCCUCAGGAGUCGGAAGUCAGCGAGAACCUGUGGGAGUUGCAGCCCUCGAUCGGGUCCAACCCUGACUCAUUCCUUGGCCUGGACCUAGGCUUCCGGACUCGGCUCACCGAGCACCUGCUGGAGUUGAACGAGCUGUCCCCGGCCCCGGACCGACUCCCUGGGGAGGCCCCAGAGCCGGGAGAGGAGGGCGGAGACCAGAGCCGGCUCCUAGUGGAGGCAUCCCAGCCUGGACACAACCGAGUCCUGGAGAGCGAACGGAGUCAAAGCCCCCCCAGGGCCAUCUGGGCAGAAGAUGGAUGGUGCGGGACCCCUAAGGAGCCCCAGGAAGGCAGCCCCAUUGCUGGCAGUCCCCUGCAGGGGCAGAACGUAGACCCCAUAGUGUCUCCCCAGCCCCCCGAGGCCUCCCUAAAGGACAUGGAGAGCCUAGCGGAGGAUGUGGAGCCAGACCCAGAGUCAGAGCCUCUGCCGGAGCUGGAGCCGGAGCUGGAGCUGAGGCGGCUUCAGGCGGAGCAGAGGGAGGAGGUGCAGCAGGAGAAGGGGCAGCAGCAGCAGCAGGAGGAACUGAGGCAGAAGGCAGAGGUGGAGGCGCCCAAACUGCCGGAGCCGAAGGAACAGUCCCUCAGGGCCCUGAAGGAGCAGCUUCAGGGGACCACGGAGGAGGAAGAGGAGGAGGAGGAGGGCGAGGGAAAGGCCUGCGUAUGCGAGGAGGGAAGCCAGAAACCAUCCAGAUUCAGAGCCCAGCUCCAGUCCAGCUGGCAGGCAACUGAGGACCAGAUGAGGGCGGAGCAAGCCACCAAGCUGCAGGAGUUCAGGGAGGAGCUGGCAUCGCGGUUGGCCGCCGAGAGGGCCAGCUUAGAGCGGGAGCAGAGGCAGGAGCUGGAGCAUCUCCGGGAGGAGCUGGUGGCCACAGAGGCACGAGAGCGGGCAGCGCUGGAGGAAGAGAAGGAGCAGGCACUCCGCCAACUCCGGGAGCGCCUGGAAGGCGAGAGGAAAGAGGCCGCGGCGGUGCUGGACAGGGAGCAUGCGGCCGACCUGGAGCGACUCAGGGCUUUGGCCGAAGAGAACCACCGUGAGGUAGAGGCGGCUCUCGAGAAGCAGGUCCCGGACGUCCAGCAGCGCGCGGAGGAUCUGGGCCAAGCUGAGCAGGGCAUCCAGCAGAAGGCGCAUCUGGUGCUGGAAUACGAGCGAGAGCUCAGCGACCUCCUGGCAGAAAAGCGGCAGGUUGUGGAGAAGGAUCAUGAGAGGAAGAUGGAGAGGCUGAGGGAGGAGCACCAGCUGGCCCUUGCUCGAACCCGGCAGCAGUAUGCCGAGGAGGAGAGGCAGCAGCGGGCAGAGCUUCUGGAAGGCCUGAGAGGAGAGCUGGAGCAGCUGCGGCGGGCACACCAUGCGGAGCGGGAAUCGGUGCGGCAGGAGCUGGACGGGCAGCUCGACGACCUGCGGCUACGGCAUCGGGAGCAGGAAAAGAAACUCCAUGACUUAGCUCUGGAGCUCGAGACUCGAACGAAAGCCACCCGGGCCAGUCUGGCACAGCUUGAUGUCCAGGAGGAGAUGGUCAGGAAGAAGCGACAGCAGCUGCUGGAUGACGAGAAGCAAAUUGCCAAGGAGCGAGAGGAAGCCGCAGCCUCCCGCCAGCACCUACAGGAGGCACGAGCGGAGCAGGCCGCCCUGGGCGAGGCCACACGAGACCUGCACCGGGCAGUGGAGGAGCUGCGGGCCCACAGGGCCGACCUGGAGUCGCAGGUGGAGGAGCUGCAGGGGCGGAGCCAGAGGCUGCAGCAGCAGAUCAGGGACCUAGACAGAGCCGCCCAGAGGAAGCAGGAGGCCUUGGAUGUGCUGGUGGCCAGGGAGAGCCCGGCCACUCCUCCUCCAGAGGGGGCCCUGCUUAUUGAGGACCUGCAGAAGCCAGAGCCUAACCUCCCCCAGGAGCCUGCAGUUCCGCCCUCCCUGGACCACCAAGACGACGACAGCAGCAACUGCCAGCUGGAUGAAAUCCGACACUUACUGUCCACCGAGGGAGUGUCCCUCCGCAGCGCCAAGGAAUUCCUGGCACGCCAGACUCGGUCCCUGAGGAAGCGGCAGGCCGCACUGAAGGCCGCCAAGCAGCAGUGGCGCCAUGACCUGGCCAGCCCCCAAGGGGUGUCCGAAGGCCCUGCUACCUCCCUGGACUUGGAGGAUGUACCCCGGAGCCUGAAGGAGGAGACCAAGCACCUGGGCGAGAUCAGGUCAGCCAUGCGCCAGGGCCAAGCCCUGUUGAAGAAAAAGGAAGAGAGGCUGAGCCAGCUGGAGUCCUCCCUGCGGGAAGAGCUCUCGGAUGACAACUCCUUGAGAGGAGCCUCCUCCCGCAAGAAAGUGGUGACCUUUGACUUCAGCGAUUUGGAAGACUCCAGCAGCAGCACACUCUCCUCCUCAUCUCCAGGGACCCCAGACCCCCAGCCGGACCUGCCGCCUCCCCAGCACAAGAAGAUCCAGUUUCUGAACAGCUCCCUGCAACACAUCACGAGGGAGCUCAAUGGGGUACUGGGCGUCCUAGGUUCUCUGAGCUCCCAGCAGUCUCCGCUCUUCACCCCUGCCCCCGGGCCGAUGUCCCGGCCGCCCACCGCCCCGGCCACCUCCACUCCAUUCCCCACCUCAUCCAGGACCUGGGCUCCCCCCGCUGCCCCUCCCUCGCCCGCAGCCUCCCUUCCUAGCCAGUGGGCCUGGCGCCCCAACCCCAGCCUGGCCCCUUCUGCCGCCCAGUCGGUGGACAGUUUCCUGGAAGAAAAGUGGCGCAAGUAUUUCCCAGCUGGGCUUCCGGUACUGAGCAGUGGACCUGCCCCGCUGGAGAACAAGCUGGGCUACGUGUCCGCCAGCGAACAGCUCCGUCUGCUGCAGCACACUCCCCCUCGGGCCCACAAGGCGGGCAGCCUGAGCGUCCAGCACAUGAUCGAAGCCAACAAGAAGUGGCUGGAGCAUUUUAAGAAGGACCUCAAGGUUCCCCUCCUGUCCCACACGCCCAGGCCGUCGGCCAGCCCGGGCAUCCUGCAGCUGGGCCUGGACGAAACCAAUCAGCUGAAGGUGUAUCACUCCUGAACCCUGGGCCGGGAACACUCCUUCUCCCAAGUGCCUAGGGAGCAACUGCACCUUAUGUCCUGGACCCAGCACUCCUGGGACUGGACACUCCCGGAGAAGGCCUGGGUGGCCCGGAGCAGUGGAUGCUGGCUAUCCGGCGCUGAAAUAAUUCCCCAUUCCUUCACACUACGCCUCCUCCCUCAUUACUCCCUGCUUCGGCCGGCCCUGGGGUCUCAGGAGGCCCAGGGCAGAGGGAGGGAGGGAGAGAGAGGUAGCUAUGACCUGUCCCCAGGGACAGACAGGGGACAGACAGAGGCGGGCAGGAUCCAGCCCAAAGCCCAA